GAAUACGGCUGAACCCAGAGUGGGCGUGGUUAACGUUGUGUCACAGGAUUUUGUUGCUAGGCUGCUAGCUGGUGGUUUCUGCUACAAACAUUACUGCCUUUUUACCUCUCUAAAUCACCUAACUGUGCAAACACCGUGGUAGUUUGAGAUCGACAAAGGAUCCAGCAACUCGGGGCAGUCUAAUCCCCGGACAAGCUGUCAGGAUGGGACUGCACAGAGCUACAACAUGAGACAGGAAAAUGUUGGCAACUUAUGAAAAAUAACCAUGAACUGGAAGGACACAAAAUGGUGAAUGUUUUCUAAUUUACACCCCCUUUCUCAUGACGCCAACAGGGAGAUAUGGGCAUCCUAAGACUGAUAGCCAGAACCAUGGGUAGGAUCAGUACAUUCAGGUCCUAUCAGUUCGUGCUUCUCCUGGCUGCUGCACUUGCUGUUGUAGCUUUUUACUACUUUGGUUCCGAGAAGCAGAAUUUCUCCAGCACCACAAAGAGGAUCAAGCAGACCCAGGCAAGCCACAACAGCAACAGAAACGAUGCAGACCUGACUGUGGACACCAGGCUCUCACAUACAGCUGGAUCUGAGGAGCAAGGAGGGGAAGGCCGAGAGAUAGGAGGAGAGGGGGAGGGUUUCAGGUCAACGAAAGGGGACAUUGAGGGUGCUGACCAACGCUACCACGCACUCAUGAUGUUCACCAAGGUGGAUAAGAGCCGGAGCCUGCAGGACAAAUUCAGGGUGGCCAUGCUGUCUAUGGUGAAGCAUGGACACUUUCUGGAAGGUGAGGUGUUGGUGCUUCAUUUUGUGAGCGACCAGGCCAGCCAAGAACUGGGAGAGAAGAUGCUGGAGGAAUUUCUCCUUGACGCAACAUUUAAGUAUGAGGUGAUGUUUCAUGAUGUGGUGGCUUUAACGCAGAAGCUCUUCCCUAUUGUGGAGGCCAUGCAGAAGCACUUCAGUGCUGGCUCUGGAGCUUACUACAGCGAUGCCAUCUUCUUCAUGUCUGUGGCCAUGCAUCACAUCAUGCCUGAAAGUCUGCUGCGCAUAGUACAGCUUGACCUGGAUCUGAAAUACAGGACCAACAUCAGGGACCUCUUCCAGGAAUUUGACCGCUUUCCUCCAGGAGCAGUAAUAGGCAUCACCAGAGAGAUGCAGCCAGUCUACAGACAUACCUUUUGGCAGUAUCGUAAAGAGAACCCUCAGACAAGAGUAGGUGAACCUCCUCCUGAUGGCCUCCCAGGCUUCAACAGCGGCGUUAUGUUAUUGGACCUAGGCGCAAUGAGGGCCUCAGCUCUCUACAACCAACUGUUGGAGCCCAGCAACGUGGCCAAACUGGCCGACCAAUAUCGCUUCCGGGGCCACCUCGGUGACCAGGACUUCUUCACCAUGAUUGGCAUGGAGCAUCCUGAACUGUUUUAUUCCCUGACCUGUGGCUGGAACAGACAGCUGUGCACGUGGUGGAGGGACCACGGAUACGCAGACGUGUUUCAGCUGUAUUAUCGCUGCGAUGGACCUUUUUAUAUCUACCAUGGGAACUGUAACUCCCCUAUACCAGAUGACUGAUGUAUGUCCCACACUGUUGCCGGAACUGAGAAGGAGUCUAUGACAUCUACAGUUCUAAUUACUCCUGCUUGUUGGGAGGAAGGGUCGUGACUUUUACGGCAGUUUUCCUUUCUUGACCCUGCAGCUGUAGUCCCAGACUCAGCCCCCUGCUGGUCAAGGGGCUACUGAAGGGCCCUCCCACACUCGCUACAAGUAUGGUUUUCAUCGGUGUCAUUUUAGACUAAGAAAGCAGCCCUGCAUUACUGCAGUGCACGGGGCUGCAUUAGCAUUUCUGCAGGUACAGGAUGAAAUAUGAUCAAUGAAGUUCAAUUUGAGCAACAGAUCCGUUAAUAUGAAUUAGUUUAUACAUGAAUCAGUGUAGGUUUAUACCAGUGUUUAGGUUUAUACCAACGGUUUACAACAUUAUCAGGAAGGAUUUUACUGCCCUCGAAAUCUAUCAUUGUGGAAAUCAUUUAAUUUUUUGUUGCAAAGAUCACGGCAUUACUGAGUAAUCUACCAGGAACGUGCUAUUGCACAUCUGUGACUGGCAAAAGCUGCGCCUUGUUGGAUGAUGUCGCACGGCAUUACAAUAAAAGUUCAACUUUUUUGCCAGAGCACUCUGCGUCGGCACCACCGCUUUGUCGGUGUUGACCUCGUCUAAGUGAAUGCGGGAACUUAUGUUUAUAGGGAUGUAGCAUAAUGUAACAUACAGCUUUUUUGGUUAUUUGAGUUGAGGAGAAUCUAUCCGUUGCACAUAGUGGUGUAAGAUACUGUAUUUUUGAGCAAUUAAGGAAUUCACUCAUUCAUUCAAUAGAGCUGCACAGAUUAGAUCAACAAAAAAUUAACCAGCAACUAUUUUGAUUAGCAGAAAAUUGUUGGGGAAAAAUGCAUAACAUUUGCUGGUUGUAGCCUCUCAGUUGUGAGAAUGUAAUGCUUUUCUGUGUCAUAUGAUAAAUAGAUAAAUUGAAUGCAUUUAGGUUUUGGACUGUUGAUUGGAUAAAACAAUACAUUUGACGACGUUAACCAUAGGCUCUAGGAAAUUAUACUUUUUAAUUUUUAACUCUUUUCUGACAUUUUAUAAACAAAAUUCAUUAGUAAAUCCUGAAAAAAUCUGAAGAUUAAUCAAUAAUGAAAAUAAUUGCUAGUUGUCACCCCAAUUGCUAACAAAUAUUGAAAUAUCUGUACUAAGUAUAGAGUCAGCAAAUGUGUUGAUUGCCACCUAUAAAGAAAAGAUUCCUGUACGGUUUUUCACUUCCCUCUCACUGCUCACUUUAUUUCCCUGCACCUCAAGCUUUCCAGCAGUGGCCCCAGUUCACCCUGCUUCACUUUAUUUGCCUGCAGUACCACACCAGGUGAGGGCUAAUCUGGUGCCAUUUACUCCCCACCUCUGUGACUUGUGGAAGACAGGGAGGCGUAUGUUUAACACCAGUAGACUCCAUCUUUCCAGAGCCAGGCGGGCACUGAACCCAACACACUGCCAUGGUUCCUUUCAAACGCAUCUUUCUGUAGGUUGGAAGAUAGGGAGGAAAAAAAAAUCACAACAGAGGGUGGAGGAGGGGUCAGGGAGAUGAUGGUAAACAAUGAUGUUACUGAUGGCUGUUGUUAGUGCUUUGCAUUUGCAGUUUAGCCGAGGCCAAACGCACGUUUCAUAAGGAGUGCUGCGUCCAGGAGCAUGACUGCCGACACUGACCCACUUUUGAGUUUUCUUGCUGUGCUCACUGAAAAACCCCCAGAUCCAAAGAAAUGUCAUCACUCAAUAUUCAUCAGUCAGGAAGUUGUCAGAGGUGAUGCACAAUUAAGCACACAGAUACACACAGUGAAAGUGAAGAAGCUGAAUGCGCUGUCCCAUCAGUGGAGUCAAAGAAAGGUUACUGAAGACACUUGAGAAUAAACAUUACUCCAAAUUAUUAUGUUUCCCUUAAUUCACCUUGAAACUGGUCAGUGUUUUUUCUGCCUUUUUCAGAACAAUACUCUUCAGUCUCCAUAGCUCUGACACAAAUUGUUAGCAAGAAAGAGAAGCAUAGAAUAGAAAGAGUAAAUACUGAAAAAUAACUUCUAUUCUCAGAUCUUGACUGCACUUUACAACUUCAAAACACAGGCUUUAUCAUCGAGGGUUUUGUUUACAAGUCGGUGGUUGCAUUUACUUUACUGUCUUUAAUAUCAGUUGUUAUGUUUUACCAAUGUUUUUUUUUACAUUUUGGCCCAUUAACCAUAAAUUUAUAGUAAUAGUAGUUUUUUGAUUGAUUCCCUAAUCCUUAAGCAGCAUUAGGUUUCCAGUCCUUUCACUACUGCAUUGCAGUCACAAGUAAGGUAAAACUAAUUCUUCGUAGUGGUGCAUUCGAAGACACUCCAGUAUUCCAGACAGUAAAGUCAUCUGCUGAAAUAAAUUGCAGAGAUGAACUAGUAUUUGGAAAGUCUGAUGUCGAAGGAAAGCAAUGUGCAGACAUAAACAUUGUGAAAAGGGCCAACUGAGUUUGUCAUAUCUUGAAUUAAAAAGCAGACUUUGCAAAUCUCCCACUUACAGAGCUUCUUUUUCCACAGCAACACUGAGUUCCCACAACAGGCCCUGCUCAACAUCACAUCACCAAUUGAUGAGUGCAAUAAGUUGUUCAAUGUUAUAGAUUACUGUUAUAUAUUAUAAAUACCAGAAUUAUACAUGUUGCAUUAGUUGGCAGUCAUGUAAAAUAUUGGUGUCUUGUAGCUAAUGGGCUAAAACAUGCAAAACCACUCAUAUCAUCCUUUAAAAAAAAAUCCUUUUUGUGUUUUUGUCAGCUGUUUUUUUUUUUCCACUGUGUACUGUACAGGUCGUUUUAUGUGUUGUUCUUGCCCCUUUUCUCUCUGCUGUGUAUAACAUGCGUUAAUGAAAAUAGGUAGAGUAGAGGAUGGAGGGCGGCAUAAAUGAUCUGGUGUAACUUAAUAAAUGAUAAAAAGGUAGUAACCUUAUAUUUACAGUAUUGACCCAUAUUCCCCCUUUCACACCAACAGCCAACACAUUUUUUUCCCAGUUGUGUCUGUGUGAAAGGGGUAAGUGACUGUUCUGUGUCGACUGUUCUAUAUAUGAAUGUGCAAUGAUAUUUUUAAAGGGCUAAUAAAUGUUUGAAAGUAAGAGUGUAAAUAAAUGUUCCAUCUCGCACUUACAAUCCCCUCGACAGAUUAGAGGGCUGCUGUUUUCAGUGUUAAAGACUCAAGGUGGCGCUUUUCUUUCACAACAAAAGCAAAUGUGAAAGUAGCCUUACAUUUCAUAGAUGAGCUACCUGUGACAGAAAUACAGUAACUUUCUGAUUUUGUUACCCUUGUGUGUUCAGCUUUACUAAAUCAAUUAAAUGAUCAUCUUUUAUGAUGUUUUUUAUGGGAAAUAAAAAUGCAAACAAAUUAUUCUCUGUUCUUGUUUCAGUUAAUGAAACAGCUCACAUACAUGAUGAUCUUUUUGUUUCUUUGUGUUUGUGGGAGGGAGAAAACAAUGCUUUUAGUCACUUAAGGGUUAGAAUGAGAUGGUAAAAAUCAAUGUAUGUUAACAGGGCGCUCUCACGUUUCUCAUUAUACAAA